AUGGAUAAUAGCCGAGAAUCAAAAAAAUGUUUCUGUGCACGUUGUUUUCUACCGAUUGAUGCGGAAGAUAAAGUCGAUAUCGAAGGGCAAAAUUUUCAUAGAAUAUGCAGUAUGUGUUGUAUUUGCAGAACGAUACCUCAAACUUUAAAAAUGUUUUACGGUCAUGUAUUUUGCAACGAAUGCUUUAAAACUCACGUCUUAACGAGAUUUAGAGGAGAAAACCCAAGAAUCCAUUCGAAUAGCUGGUGGAUGCAAUGGGCACCUGGAGUAAAACCUCAAGAAAAUGUGGAGGGCGCUGGAUCUAAGGAUACGGAACAAGGGUCGGAAGAUUUACAAAAACGUUGUUUUUGUGCAAGGUGUUUGCAGGCAGUUGGUGAUAAUAAAAUUAAUAUUGGAGACCAAUGUUUUCAUCAACAGUGUGCCAAAUGCUAUUUCUGCCACAUCGUGCCUAAGUCCGUGAAAAUCUACUAUGGACAAGUGUUUUGUGAAGAUUGUUUCCACCGCCAUGUAAUGAACAAGAACGCGGAUAACCCAUCGGAAUUCUUUAAGAAUUGCUUCGACCAAUGGCAAAACAAUCCGCAGUUUGCUGAAAAUAUGAGGGAGUUUAUGACGACCAAUCGGGACCAGGCGCCGUUCAUCUUCAUGAUGCAAGGCCAACAGCCACCGUUCUGUCGAUGUGGUACAGGACCUCAAGAAUGGUUUCAACCUACUGAACCCAAGAAAUCUGCAACACCGGCGAUUUCUAGCGUAGAAGAGUCAACUUGGGAUUUAUCUUUUGAAAACCGCACCGAAAUAUCCGACAUACCAGAAUUAACCGACGAAGCACUAAUACCGGAAAGUAGUCAGUUAUCGGCAGCUGAAAAAAUCGAAAAGCUAACAAAAUAUUUACACGAACGUUACGAAAUCGAUGAAAAAGUCGAGAAAAAAUGGAAAAACUAUGAAUUGGAUAAUUUGUCAUUGAUAUCUAGAGAUUCAAUAAAUUGUUGGCGCGAUUUGCAGCAGCCUAAAGUAGAGCGUAAUAAACUGAAGUGUCCUAAAUGUUUGUGGCAGUGCGGUCCCAUUUAUGUAAGCGCUGAAUAUUUGCAAAACAGGCAAAUUGUUUGCGAAGAAUGA